UCGGUUCACACACGAAUGUAAACUUUGGAUGUGUCAAAAUGUGCCUUUGAAAAAAUUCUCAAUCAAGUUUUUAAGUCAGUGAACCCAAAUUAGGCAGGCCCCGAAUUUCUUCGUGCACAUUCCAAUUUUUCUGUAAAUCCCAACAAUGACCGGACUCCACUAAAACUGCUCCAGCCGAAGCAGUAUAGGUCUUCAGAAUCGUGUAGAUAAAAAUGAUAACAAAUCUGAUAAUGACACGAAUCCGACACCUGCUGGUGGCCAUCGCGGCCCUGUUAAAAAAGAUUCUCUGUUGCUUCUCACGCCGUCGAAGGGCACCCAGCUGCGAAACUGAUGUGCUCGCAUCCGUGAACGUAGUACGUGAUGGGAACCGGAAGUAUAAGACCAUCGUCGAGAAAGACUGGAACUCGUGGGACGACACUCCGGCCACGGUCGAGGAGCACAUCGAACGCUACCGGGAACAGCUGGCAGAGCCAGUUCCACCAAAGGAACCACCGCCAGAGGAACGGAUCGAUUUUUUCCAGGACAUGGCACCGACCAUCGUAACUCAGCAGAAGAUUUGCAUCUCUGCCGCCGGAGGUGGAAGAGAGAAUGGUGAAGAAAAAGCCGCUCGCUUUGACCGGCUAACGGCAUGCAUCGACAUUCCCGUGGUGGAUGGUCUGGCGGAUUGGAACGAGGACGAUGACCGGCGGCAUGGGUGGGAUGAUGCCGAUGAGAAUACCACCAAACAGCUGAUCCGGGAGACGCGGAAGGAACUGCGACAGCAGAGACAACAGCAUCGGAAUCAUUUUAAAUGAGGUGAGUUGUGAGUGGAUUUAUUAAAUUAAGUAAUCAUAUUUUGUGAUUUGUAAGCUAUGUUAGCGAAGACCUAGAACUUUGA